UAACUUUCUUUAGUCUUCAAGCCCAGUGGGUUGGUGCCAAGUACCUGCUAGCCUUUAUUUCCGACACCUUCAAGAGCAGGAGUAAGGUUAUUGCCAGAAGGAACUAUGAGUUCCAUCUUUACCAGGGUCACAAAGGAGGCAUGGGUGUGUGGAAACGUUUUAUUUUUAUUCCAUCCGCAUGCCAUUUCUAGAUAACAGGAGUUCUUGUUCUGAAGGGCUACCGGUUCCUCUCGGGGGUCAAGUACAGGUGUAAGUUUCGGGCGGGUCCUUGGUAACUGAGAGGUCGCCCGCUGGCCACAGGUCUGCGGCAGGUCCUGUGUAUUCCAGAAGGGGCCCGGGUAUGUGGGAGGGAGCAUUAUCCCUAAUCUUCUGCAGUUGUUUUAUCAUUGCUGCCGAUUAGGUCCAUAGAGGGAAGCCCAUCCCUGAGGCGCAUGACGGUGAUGCGGGAGAAGGGCCGGCGCCAGGCAGUCCGGGGCCCUGCCUUCAUGUUCAACGACCGGGGCACCAGCCUCACGGCCGAGGAGGAGCGCUUCCUGGACGCCGCCGAGUACGGCAACAUCCCCGUGGUGCGCAAGAUGCUGGAGGAGUCCAAGACGCUCAACGUCAACUGCGUGGACUACAUGGGCCAGAACGCGCUGCAGCUGGCCGUGGGCAACGAGCACCUGGAGGUGACCGAGCUGCUGCUCAAGAAGGAGAACCUGGCCCGCAUCGGCGACGCCCUGCUGCUCGCCAUCAGCAAGGGCUACGUGCGCAUCGUGGAGGCCAUCCUCAACCACCCCGGUUUCGCGGCCAGCAAGCGCCUGACCCUUAGCCCUUGCGAGCAGGAGCUGCAGGACGACGACUUCUACGCCUACGACGAGGACGGCACGCGCUUCUCGCCCGACAUCACCCCCAUCAUUCUGGCGGCGCACUGCCAGAAGUACGAAGUGGUGCACAUGCUGCUGAUGAAGGGCGCCAGGAUCGAGCGGCCGCACGACUACUUCUGCAAGUGCGGGGACUGCACCGAGAAGCAGAGGCACGACUCCUUCAGCCACUCGCGCUCGAGGAUCAACGCCUACAAGGGGCUGGCCAGCCCGGCCUACCUGUCCUUGUCCAGCGAGGACCCGGUGCUCACCGCCCUGGAGCUCAGCAACGAGCUGGCCAAGCUGGCCAACAUCGAGAAAGAGUUCAAGAAUGACUAUCGGAAGCUCUCUAUGCAAUGCAAAGACUUUGUGGUGGGUGUGCUGGAUCUCUGUCGAGACUCAGAAGAGGUAGAAGCCAUUCUGAAUGGAGACCUGGAAUCAGCGGAGCCUCUGGAGGUGCACAGGCAUAAAGCUUCAUUGAGUCGUGUAAAACUCGCCAUUAAGUACGAAGUCAAAAAGUUUGUGGCUCACCCCAACUGUCAGCAGCAGCUUUUGACCAUCUGGUACGAGAACCUCUCGGGCCUGCGGGAACAGACCGUAGCUAUCAAGUGUCUGGUUGUGCUGGUCGUGGCCUUGGGCCUUCCAUUCCUUGCCAUCGGCUACUGGAUCGCACCUUGCAGCAGGCUGGGGAAAAUUCUGCGAAGCCCUUUUAUGAAGUUUGUGGCUCAUGCGGCUUCUUUCAUCAUCUUCCUGGGCCUGCUCGUGUUCAAUGCCUCAGACAGGUUCGAAGGCAUCACCACGCUGCCAAAUAUCACUGUGAUUGACUAUCCCAAGCAGAUCUUCAGGGUAAAAACCACCCAGUUCACAUGGACUGAAAUGCUAAUUAUGGUCUGGGUUCUUGGAAUGAUGUGGUCUGAGUGUAAGGAGCUCUGGCUGGAAGGACCCAGAGAAUACAUUUUGCAGUUGUGGAAUGUGCUCGAUUUCGGGAUGCUCUCUAUCUUCAUUGCUGCUUUCACAGCCAGAUUCCUAGCUUUCCUUCAGGCGACAAAAGCACAACAGUAUGUGGACAGUUAUGUCCAAGAGAGCGACCUCAGUGAAGUUACACUCCCACCAGAGAUACAGUAUUUCACUUAUGCUAGAGAUAAAUGGCUCCCUUCUGACCCUCAGAUCAUAUCUGAAGGCCUUUAUGCCAUAGCUGUUGUGCUCAGCUUCUCUCGGAUCGCGUAUAUCCUCCCUGCAAAUGAGAGCUUUGGCCCCUUACAGAUCUCUCUUGGAAGGACUGUGAAGGACAUAUUCAAGUUCAUGGUCCUCUUUAUCAUGGUGUUUCUUGCCUUUAUGAUUGGCAUGUUCAUACUUUAUUCUUACUAUCUUGGGGCUAAAGUAAAUGCUGCUUUUACCACUGUAGAAGAGAGCUUCAAGACUUUAUUUUGGUCAAUAUUUGGAUUGUCUGAAGUGACUUCUGUUGUGCUCAAAUAUGAUCACAAAUUCAUCGAAAAUAUUGGAUACGUUCUUUAUGGAAUAUACAAUGUAACUAUGGUGGUCGUUUUACUCAACAUGCUAAUUGCUAUGAUUAAUAGCUCAUAUCAAGAAAUUGAGGAUGACAGUGAUGUAGAAUGGAAGUUUGCUCGUUCAAAACUUUGGUUAUCUUAUUUUGAUGAUGGAAAAACAUUACCUCCACCCUUCAGUCUAGUUCCUAGUCCAAAAUCAUUUGUUUAUUUCAUCAUGUGGAUCAUUAACUUUUCCAAAUGCAGAAGAAGAAGGCUUCAGAAGGAUAUAGAAAUGGGAAUGGGUAACUCAAAGUCCAGGUUAAACCUCUUCACUCAAUCUAACUCAAGAGUUUUUGAAUCACACAGUUUUAACAGCAUUCUCAAUCAGCCAACACGUUAUCAGCAGAUAAUGAAAAGACUUAUAAAACGGUAUGUUUUGAAAGCACAAGUAGACAAAGAAAAUGAUGAAGUUAAUGAAGGCGAAUUAAAAGAAAUCAAGCAAGAUAUCUCCAGCCUUCGUUAUGAACUUUUGGAGGACAAGAGCCAAGCAACUGAGGAAUUGGCCAUUCUAAUUCAUAAACUCAGUGAGAAGCUGAAUCCCAGCGUGCUGAGGUGUGAAUGAUACAGCAACCUGGAAUUAUGGCUUUGACUAUAGCACAAAUGUGGGCAAUAAUAUUUCUAAGUAUGAAAUACUUGAAAAACUAUGGUGUAAAUUUUUAGUAUUAACUACCUUUAUUAUGUGAAUCUUUAAAAAGUUAGGUCUUAAUGAUUUUACUGUUCUAUCACAUGAACAUGCAUUUUAAUUGUCUGCCUUGACAUUACAAACAAUGACAUACCAUUGUAUUUAAAGGCCGAAUAUUACUACAUUAUUUACAUGUUUUGUUCGUUUUAGAGUAAACUCUGUGUCUUCGCAUUAUCUGUUUGUCUUCAAGAGAUUGUAAACUCUUUGGGGACAGGAACCAUGUAUUACUCAUCUUUGUGUCUCCAAAAUCUAGUACAGUGCCUGGCAUAUAGUAGGUGCUCAAUAAAUGUUGAAACCAACUUAACUGAACUGCCAACAAAAUACAAAUAAAAAUAAAAGGUCAUCAUGAUGUAGCAUACAAGUCCUUCCCUUGUCCAAGUGCUGAAGAGAUUUUUUUUUUAAUAGAAAUGAAGAAAUUUUACAACCAGCUAUUACUUAAUGACAUUUGCUUAGAAUUUUAGGCAUCAGUGAUAAUCCUAGAACCAUUGAGCCCUGAGUGAAGAAUUGAACAACAAAAUGGGUUAAUAGAAAAUAUAAUUACAUUACAUAUUUAAUUUUCAUAGAAUUGUUCAAAAGAAAACAGCAAAAUGGGUUAAUAGAAAAUAUAGUUGCAUUACAUAUUUAAGUUUCAUAGAAUUGUUCGAAAGAAAACAUUAAAAAUUUUUCUAAAACAUAUA